AUGAGAAACGAAAAUGAUGUGGAUCCGUUUUUGGGCAGUUCAUCUGAACGACAAUCUUUGAAUGAAAAUGAAUCUCAACCAUGGAUUAAUUAUAUAGUUGGUGCUGUUGUAUCACCAUCGGUGAUUAGCGUAAUAAUUCUUCUUCUUCUUCUUUUUAUUCCAAUAACAGUACUUGUUGUUGGAAUAAAUUAUCAUGAUCCACAUUAUUGUCCAAUUGAACCUCAUAUCAGUACUUUUUUAAUUGUUCAUGGAAGUGUUUUAUUUGGAUGGAUUAUUUUUACUAUUAUUCCCACAAUAUUGGCGAAAAAAUUAUCUAGUAAUGAUGAACCAUAUAUUUCAGGGAUUAUUGUGAUUAUAUUCAGUGUAAUGACAAUUAUCUGUACGAUAUUUUUAAUUAUAUGGACAAUAGUUGGAAGUAUUUGGACAUUUAAUGUAUUUUAUUGGGUUACUUAUUAUUAUGAUACAAGGAAUAAUUUUUAUCCAUAUAAUUAUUGUCAACCAGAAUUAUAUCGAUUUACAUUUGUUUAUAUAAUUUUAUCUUAUAUUUUCGUAUUUCUUCAAAUUUGUUAUUAUUGUUUUAAUAAUAUGUUUAAUUGGAAAUAA